ACCACAAGUUGUGGCAUUUCUGAUAGAAAAUUGCCCAUUCUGCGGAACAGCGCCAAAACGAGAAGAAAAAUCACCGGUGAUAACCAAGGAAACCCAACUGCUCCUACCAAAGAAACUCGGAAUUCGCCACAAAAUGGCAAAACAAGCAACAAGGGCAAAAGUUGGAAGAAAAGACCUACGACCGGUAAAAGGCAGCAAACUUCCGCUCACCAACGCUUCUAACCAAAACGGCACUGACAACCUGAAGAAUUCACGACGACCAAGUAAUAAUAAUGAUAACGGUAAUGUUAUCACGAAAAAUCUAGAUGGAGGCUCCAACAACUGGCCAAACAAAUGA